UCUUGCUGCUGAAGGCCGGCUGGGCUGCUGAGGGCGAGCAGAGGAGCGCGCGCCCUUCUCCCCUCCCCCGGCUUGAUAGUAGGGAGGGCCAGUCGUCGCUGCACUGUAUAGUACGGGGCUGGGUGGUUGCCGGAGGGGUGAAUGAAGCGAAGAGGCGGCGCAGGAGGAGGAGGAGGAGGCGGCGCUGGGACAGGGAUGUGCCCAGCAGCAGUAGCAGUUCCAGCUUCUUCACUAUGCUCCUACAUUCAGGCCCCAAAUCGGCUGGCGGCUCCUCCGGCACUACAGCAAGGAGUCAGUGAAUUUUCAAUCACAGACCCAUCAAGCUGAAGAGACAAUCUAAGCACUGAGUUUUUUCUUCACCUCUCCAAGACAACUGCAGCAACAAAUUUUACCUUUCCUUAAAAGGUGCUCUUUUUCCCUAAAUAAGAAAACUGUAGCACAAAGGUGGAUAUUUGAGGCCUGAGAAGACUUUAUAUUAAAGGAAAGUAGGACAUCUUUAUAUUCACAUCCUGGAGCACAAUGAAAGAGUUUUAAUGCACAGACUUCACAAAAAAGUGCAGCAGCAAGUAGUACAAGGGACGCAAAAGGAAGAUAUUACUGGGGCACUUUGGAACCCUCCUGGCAUUUGAAGUGAGAAGAUCAGAUGGUAUACAGAUAUAUUUGAAAACCAAGCAGAAAAUUCUGAAGAAGAUUGUUCAGUGUGAUAUGAAGCAGUAUUGACGGACCUAUCAGCAAUCCAGUAACAUCUGCAAAUUCUGCAAGGGGAAGCAUAAUCUGGGAUAUCCAGAAGACAGCAGUGAAUGGUAGAUGCUGGUAGAAGAUUGUGGUCACAAGGAGAUGAUUCCUCAUGAAGUCUCUGGAUCCACAUCAGAAAUCAGAUGUGAUUUUCCACUUAACAGACUGAAAUCAGAGCCAGCCAGGCAGUGAAGCCACAGAAGAUAAGGGCAGGGGCCAGUGAAAAAUGAAAUCCAACCAGGAGAGAAGCAAUGAAUGCCUGCCACCCAAGAAGCGGGAAAUCCCUGCCACCAGCCUGCCUUCUGAGGUGAAGCCAUUAGUUCUGGCCAGUGAAAAUCACCGUGCAGAUAAUAUAACAUGGCUCUCAAGUACAACCAGCAGCCACAGCAGUGGGCGGAAUCGGUCUGGAGGUACUUCAGUGGAGGCUGGUUCACAACAGGGAGUAGGUUUACACAAAUCACUUUCUACAGGAAUGGAUUAUUCCCUACCUAGUGCUCCUAGGUCUGUUCCAGCCUCUGCCACACUUUCCACAGUGUACCCCUCUGCACUUUCACAGGCAGGAACACCUGUUUCGCCGGUGCAGUACGCACACCUGCAGCAUGCUUUCCAGUUUGUUGGGCCUCAGUAUAGUGGACCAUAUGCCGGAUUCAUCCCUUCCCCACUAAUUUCCCCAACAGCUAAUUCUGUAACUACCACAGCAGCCUCUGCCACUGCUGUUGCAACCACUCCAUCCCAGCGAUCGCAGCUGGAGGCAUAUACUUCUUUGCUGGCCACCAUGAGCAAUCUUAGCCAACAAGGCCAAAAAGUUGAGCCGCAUUUAGUCAGGACACCUGGAUUGAUCACAGCAGGAUCUCCUCCACCUACUCAGCAAAACCAAUAUGUCCAUAUUUCCAGCUCUCAGAGUGCUGUCAGAAAUGUCUCUCCUCCAGCCAUCCCAGUCCAUUUGCAUCCUCACCAGACAGUGAUUCCUCAUGCAUUCGCCCUUGGCCCUUCCUCCCAGGUGGUAGUGCAAUAUGCAGAUUCUGGUGGCCAUUUUGUUACUAGGGAGUCCACUAAGAAAUCUGAGAGCAGCAGGUUGCAGGCUAUGCAAGCAAAGGAAAUACUGAAUGGGGAAGUAGAAAAGAGUAGACGAUAUGGCAUCUCACCAUCUUCUGAAGUAAAUCUUAUCAAAUCAGGCAAUAAACCAUCUCCUCAUCAUUAUGAGGCCAGACAUGUGGUGGUCCACUCUGGUCCUUCUGAUUAUAUUGCACGAGAUUCCUCCAAUGUCCGUCCCUCUGUUAUGGUUGUCCCCAACAGCAGUACGCCUACUGCAGACAUGGAGGUUCAGCAGAGCAUCAACAGAGAAACACCUCCUUCAGCCAUCAAUGAAAAGGGAAGCUUGCAUUUAGGAAAGACAGGCCACCGAUCUUAUGCUUUAUCUCCACAACAGACUAUUGGUCAUGAAGGGGUGAAAGCAGUUGCCACUUUAUCCCCUCACACAGUCAUUCAGACCACCCACAGUGCUUCAGAGCAGCUACCUGUUGGGUUGCCAGCUACAGCCUUUUACACUGGGACUCAGCCACCAGUAAUUAGCUAUCUGAGCAGUCAACAGCAAGCCUUUGGCUAUCCUGGAAAUCUACCACAGCAUCUGGUGAUCCCUGGUACCCAGCCUCUCUUAAUACCAGUAGGAAGUGCAGAUAUUGACUCCUCAGGGGUAUCACCUGCUAUAGCCACUUCAUCUCCCCAGCUGGCAGCAGUGCCUCAUACAUUUGUAACAACCACCAUUCCAAAAAAUGAGAAUUUCAGUGCUGAGUCACUAGUAAGCCAGCCGGCUUACCAGGCAGCUGUGGUCCAGGCCCAGAUCCAUCUCCCCCUGGUCCAGCCAGUACCACCUUCAGCAACAGCUCCUGCUAUAUUGCCUCCUUAUUUUAUGAAAGGCUCUAUCAUUCAGUUGGCAAAUGGAGAGCUGAAGAAGGUAGAAGACUUAAAAACAGAAGACUUUAUACAGAGUGCAGAAAUUAGCAGUGACCUGAAAAUAGACUCCAGCACCGUGGAAAGAAUUGAUGACAGCCAUAAUCCAGGCAUUGCUAUGAUACAGUUUGCAGUUGGAGAGCACCGAGCACAGGUCAGUGUUGAAGUUUUGGUAGAAUAUCCCUUUUUUGUAUUUGGACAAGGCUGGUCAUCCUGCUGCCCUGAGAGAACAAGCCAGCUCUUUGAUUUGCCGUGUUCCAAACUCUCUGUUGGUGAUGUCUGCAUAUCACUUACGCUCAAGAAUCUGAAGAAUGGCUCAAUUAAAAAGGGCCAGUCCAUGGACUCAGCUAGCAUCUUGUUGAAGCACUCUAAAAAUGACAGUCUAGUUGGUGGUAGACAUAGGUAUGCAGAGCAGGAAAAUGGGAUUGAUCAGGGAGGUGCAAAGAUGACAUCUGAAAAUGGUGAACUGAAGUUUCCAAACAAAAUAGGAUUACCUGCAGCAUCUCUACUCACCAAAUCAGAAUCCAGCAAGCCCACGGCAACUCGGAAGAGGAGGUGGUCAGCCCCUGAAACACGGAAACUAGAGAAGUCAGAAGAGGAGCCACCGUUGACUCUUCCCAAGCCUUCUUUUAUUCCUCAGGAGGUUAAGAUUUGCAUUGAAGGGCGAUCUAAUGUAGGCAAGUGAAGUCUAUUAGGGAAAGGAAAUUAGAAUAUCCCUUGUCAUUUUUAUCCAGAUUACUGUACUGUAGGCUAAAUAACCGAGUAUUUACAUGUUAUCAUCUUAUUUUAGGUUUAUGUUUAUAACGUUGUUAUAGUUGCAGUUGGUAUUAUGCAGGAGACAGGUGCAUACUUCCCCCACCUAGGUGUUCAUUGGUGAUUAUUUUUAUCAAGAGCUACAGUAAGGGCAGUAUCUGCUUGACAUGUGAACACACACCCUUUGUGGAAGCAAAUGUUGACAUGGCACCUGUUUUUCAACACUUCAAGCAGAAUUAAUCUGGCAAGAGAACUCUAGGAAAGACAAACACUAUUGCCUGAUUCAAUCAGAGAGUGGAAUUGAGAGUUCCAUAGCAGUGUGAUUUGGUGGUUCUCUCAACAGACUUCUGAUGAAGUCUAGUCCAGAGGCAAUAAUUGAGAACUGAGCACUCUUUCGGGCUUUGCACAAUAAAGUGAUUUUCUUUUUAAUUUUCUGAUUUUUUUUUCUUGUAUUUUCCAUUCCCCCAGCCCAAUCCUAUACCAUGCCCCAGAGUGAGGGGCCUAACUGCACUAUUUUUAUUAAUAUUGUUGUUGUUGUUAUUGUUCUUCUCAGAGACUGCCACAUAGAGAUUUCAUCUCCACUUGCUAGCACAGUGGCAUAGCAAGAGCGUAGCAGCUGAUUCUUGCUUUGCUAAAACUGGUAAUUUGCUUAAAGUGUGACAUUGUUGGUGUCAAUAUAGCAUGUUACAAAUUGUGGGUAUCGUAACUUGUAUACAGCAUGUUGCUGCUAACAUUUGCUUCCACAAAGUAACUAUGUACUUUCCUUUGGGAAAGUAAACAUAAAAAUUGUUUGCAGUUAGGUUGCAUUUUUUUUAACUCUAGUACUAUUUUUUUUUAAUUCUGUACUAGGACUAGUGCCACUUUUUUUCAAAUUUCGGUGUGAUACAAGGAAAUGGAUGAACAUAGAGCGUCUUUGAGCACUUAAAAUGAUGAUCAGACUUUCCUUGCUGAGAAUCCUAACACUCGGCAAAUCCUGUAUUUUGUUUUAUUCUCUUUUGGGGUGGGGGAAAGAGAAUAUUGACAUCUUCAACACUGUUAACUACAUACAAAGUAGAGGUUUUUCACAAGCAAGAUGCUGAAAGUUUUCAUGUGGUAUCAAAGGGAUGAAUGUGAAUUAUGAACUCGUAUGUGACAGUCAUUGUCCACGAGGACUACUUAAUAGGAGGCACUUUUAAAACUUUUAUGCUUGUGAAAAAGUUAAAGGUAUAUGCAAGCUGACAGAUAAUAAAAGAAUAAGAAAGAGUAUAAGGGAAUGAGAAGAAAAACAAUAUUGUCCAGUGUUUUUGAAAAAGAUGGACUUUAAAGAAUCUUGCAAUUUGCACAUCUUGAGUUUAUCAUUUGUGUGGUAUUCCUGCAGUUUUUAAUUUUUGAGGAAGGGAGAGGGGCUGAAAAUGCUUAAACAAAUGUAGCAGUUAUUUACUAACCUGCCUAAUUUCUAGGCCAUUUUAAUAGGGUUAGGUUUCCUUUCAAUCUCUUUUAGUUUCUUUGUAUCAUAUCUGUCACCCUGAACCAGAAAAGCUUCUGAGAAUUUCUCUUCAGAUUUGCUGAGUUUUCCAUAAGAGUCAUUUUGACACAGAAGCAAUUUUUGUGUUUGUUUUAAUUCAGUUCUAAUUCUUUCUUAUUUUUUUAUUGUAAAAUCACUGUUUCUUACUUUCAAUUACUUUUCUUCUGAUUAGAAGUAUAAUGUUACUGUCAAAAUUUGGUACAACAGGAUGAUGGGUAAAAGUUUAUCCAAUUAAACUCUUUCAGUGGUUAUAUGACUGAUCUCAGAAAUCUGAAAUAAAUUCAAGAGUGGAUUCAAAGAUCCUAACUCCUGCUGAUUUAAUGGCUUCCAUCUUAAAACCAGUUUCUGAUGAAUAGUCGCAUUAAAACCCAGUUGAUUACUCACAGAUAAGUGAUUGAACAUAUGCCAACCAAAAAAAAUCACUUAAACUAUUAGCCUGUUUUAAAGUCUAGAUAAUAAAAUAUUGCAUUAAUUUCUGAAGCUUUAAGAUCAGGAUCUCCUGAAAAGAGAUGCUGUGAGCAUUUUCACACAUGAUACUAAAUUUGAGUAUCCAUUGAAUUUGUAAUGUAACUCUAUAUGGGCAUGUUCUUUCUGUGUUAUUAAAUAUGUUCACAUGUAAUACAAAUAUUAUGUGGGAGCCUCAAAGAUGUCUAGUGUCUUGUGUGAAAAUGGUGCAAGAACAUGUUGGCAUCAGUGCUGUAUUCCAGCUUACCAGAUUAGGUGGGUGAUCAUCAGUUAUCUUCUUUCCCUACUUGCAGUUUGGUUUGGAUGAAAUCCAAAGAAAGAACAAGUAAGGUAGAAGAUGUGGUACACUGCCUAUAUAAGCAGGCUGCUUACCCUGAUUUCUUUUCUGUGAUCAUUUCAAUUGCCCUAAAGUGGCCAUUGUCUGCAGAAUGGAAUGGAUUAAGCCAAAAUAGACAACUGGCAUUUCCUGCUACUGAAGUGAAUGAUAAAUUGAGACCUUAGCUGAGUUUAACCAAUUUGUAGUUCAAUUAGUUGCCCUACAGGAGAUCAUUUUUCUUUAUCUUUGACCCUGAUGUCUUGCUGCUUGCACAUAACUCCAUCAAUAUCAGAUUUCUUUCUUAGCAAGAAUCUAAAUUUUAGAAAUCAAAACAGAACUUUAAAUGAACAAUUUCUCCAAAUGUUCAUUUCCCUGCCCACUUGCCUAAAUACUAUACAUAUGUUUAAAAAUUCCAAUAUAACCCUCUCUUUAAUUGUGUUUCUUUGUUACUUGAACCUUCGUUCACACCAGAAUGAAUCCUUUUUUGUACCAAUUUUUGGGACGCACCAAAAAUGUGCUUAAGUUUUAAAAUAGCUUGAAAAUCUAUCUUGAAUUGUUAUUAUGACCUUUCAAUUCACCAAAUCACUGGGCAGGUUCCUUCUCACAAUCAUAUUGCUUUUUUAGUGCUGUAUUUUUUUUCCAACAUUUCUGCUCAGAGAAUUUGCUUAUUCUUCCAUAAACUCUGCUCAGGGCACUUUCAAUUUAUUGUUUAUUGAAGUUUUAUUUUGGCUUGUUUUUGUUUUGUUUUUGUUUUCACUUCAACUUCUGAUAGCAAGAAGAACAGUAAAAUAUGGGGCAAAAUUCCUAUUUCAUUCCCAUAAGUACCACUAUUUUCAUGUGUCCUCAGAGAACAACACAUAUAAAGAAGCAGGGAUUACAAAACUGACCACAUCUAUUAAACUAACACUAACAAAACAAACAAACCAAUACUAAUAAAUGGUUCAAGCAAUAGGAAUGUAUUUGUUCUCUACUUGCAUUAGAGACUUAGAACUUGCAAUUGUUAAUUCUGUCCAAACAUUGUUCCCGUUGCUGUGCUUUUGCUUCUUUUUAGUAUGUGCAAUAUUUUAUGUGCCAAUUUAGAUUCACCUAAUGGUGACAACAGACCUUUCUCAUGCCAUCAUUUUUGGAGUGUUAAAUGUAGGGUCUUAUGCCUUCCUUUGACUAUAGUAGGGAUGAAAUCUCUCUGGAUGUCAACAAGUUGCACACCCUAGACCAAGGGCUUCUUACAGCUCUUAGUAUACCCUGUUGGUCUUCACAUGUAAAGAAAAAAAAAUCCAAGCAGAUAAAAAAUAUUAUUAGAUAUCUCUCUCCCUCAAAGGAUGUUAAUGGUGGAAAAGAUGAUAUGACGUGAGACGCAUUCUGUGAAGAUGAAUGCCUAGUAAUGAAUUACUGGGCACUCUUAGGUGGGUGCAGUCUUCUGGAGAAGUACCAGCAUCAUAUUCUAUUUUAUGUCUGUCAUGACUAAUCUUCACUUUCAUUGGAAAUGUGGAUAAAUUCAGUCUUGUAUAGGAAGAUGGCACCCCUUUGUCUUUCUAUGACUGAUGAAAGCUUGCUUUUGGAUUGUAGCUAUCUUCUGUGAGUUCGUAUAAUUUUGCCCUUAGAGCAUCUUACCUUGCUUUCUUGGUUGUGGUAAUGAGCUUAUAAAUUGGGGCUAGUUAUAUGACAUUUUUAUGUCCUACAUUUCCCAAUUUCCAAAAUUACUCAAGGCAAGUUCUAGUCCUAUUGAUGUUUGCAGUGGAAUUUGUGUUGGGUUCUUUUGUCCUCUUCAUCAAUGGGAUUGAGAGUUGAGUCUUGUGCUCCCAAGUGCCUUAGUUUCUCUUUUUGAAAGGCACCUAAUUUCACAUGAAAUAUUUUAAUGCCAUGCAUGUUCCUGCAACUUGUAAACUCUGGUUCACAGUGUCACUCCCUUUUCAAUUCCUUCUAAUCGCUGAAAUAGUGACAGUUGUAGAGGACAUUUUAAGAUUAAUUUCAUUGUAAGAAGUCUGUACAGUAUCCACAUGGCAAUAUUAACUGACACCAGGUUUUUUCCCCCUUGUUUUAUUUUUGUAUCAGACCUUCUUUAGUUUACAAUGAAACUAUACAAUCACCAAUAAAAUUAGUCAGGGCAAAGAAAAAAAUACCAGAACCUCUUUAUAGGAAUUUCUAAAUAAAUGUAUCUAUAUCUAUAUCUAUAUAUCUCUAUAUAAAAUGACUGUUCCUUAAUAGUGUUUAACUUAGGCAUCAUUUCAGUUUGUCUGGGCCACAUGGUGGGGUUUCAGAGUGUGAUGUCACUUACCUCAUAUUCUUCAUGUAAAUCUGGAUUGUAAAAAAAAAAGUCUUUUUUCUCCCCCUACCCCCAUUUCCUUUCCUUUCCUGGAAAAAAUCGCAUGCCUAAUUCCUGGCUUUCCCCCUCCCCCCCUUCUGGUAUUUUUCUAUUGUUUGGGAGCCAGGAAGUGACAUCACAGCUUGAUUACCCUAAAUCAAGGAACAUUUAGAAACCUUUCAAACCUCUUACUCAGGGAUGGGGCUGGUAUAUGGUGUGGUACACUGAUGUGACCAGAAGGAGCACUUUUACUGCUCUGGAGUAGGGAUGUUCAAUUCCAAGGAGACGUUUGGAUUUCCUGCAUGGUUAUGAACUAACUUUAAGAUUAAUCUGGUGUGCAGUAUAAAGCAACAGACCCAGUCGGAGCUGUAGCUUUUGAUGAUAGAGAAGACAUCUUAUACACAGUGGCUUGUUUUACUUCGAUAUGUUGCCAAGCUGGGGGGGAGGGAAAUCCUACAACGGUGAUAAUUUUUAAUUAAAAGAUAAGAAAACUGUUUUAAAGAUAUUUUGUGGUGCUUCUAAUUUUUGACAUGGGUUCUUAAACAUUAUUUUAAAUAAAUGCCAUAUAUAUCCAGGCCACAGUGUUGUAAAUUCUUGCUUUCUUCAGGAUUCAGUCUAAGAAAGUAGGCAUGAGUCUCCCAAAUGUUUAAAGUGAAUGUAUGCUUACCCCUCUGAAAUCAUAGAUCUAACUAUACUUAAAAAUACUCAUUUUAGCAGGUCAGAACUAUGCAUUGAGCAGUCCUUUCAAUGAAUGCCCAGUUCACUGAAGGCCCACUUGUGUGUCAAAAUUCACUUGCUGUUUCUUAAUACAACUGCUAUUAUGGAUGAUGCCAUAGACUUAAAUUUGAUAUUAGAUGACUGUGGAUAGACUUUCUGCUCAUUCAGUCUCAAAUUAUACAGUGAAAAUGGCUAUAGAUGAGAUUAGUGGUAGACUUAGCCACACCUAUUCACUAGUAGUUGAGAAGGGAAAGAAAGCAGGUGAUAUGUGGCCCAGUGGCAAUGGUAGCAAAUAGUAAAGCAAGGUCUAAAAGCAAGUUCCACAGUACCAUCUGUUUGUAUUAACAGCAUGGCUUUGUGGCAUCAGUGCUUAGAAUUUCAGAAGUGGCGUUCCACAUACAGAAGGGAACUUCUCUGUAUGGAAAGAGUGGUGACAGAUGACAAUAGGCCCUACUUUAUUAUAGCCCCAUGUGAACACUUCUGUUAAUAAUCAUACAAGUGAACUAGUAGCUAUUUUCUUUCUGCUCACUCCCUUUAUUUAAUUAACUGCAAUUAAGCAUUUGUCUCAUCUCCUGUGAAAUCAACACUGUUAGCAGCAAUAUGAUUCCUCCGCCUCAGAUUAUUAUGGAUAGAUGUUGCCCAGCCCAGGGAAAGACACAGUAAUAAUAUAAAAACAAAGGGACAUAGUUCUGUAUCUGAUCUUAAGCAGAAUGUGGUUAAUGUUUUGCUUUUUUAUAUUUAUUACCCUGAUGAUUCCUGAAAAAGAAAUGAAUAGUCCUCCAAAUUGUGAUUGUUGCUUUUGAGAGCACAGAAAUAUUCUGUUGAUUUCCUUUGUAGAUUCCAAUGCAGUAUUGUGUUUUUCUGUUGAUGGGGAAAUUCCAAACAAGUUGCACACUUCUACUCCAGAGUCCAGUUUCUUUUACAUAGAUGACCUCGCUUCAGAUGUGUUACCUUACUGAUAGGAUCUUUACUUGUAGCACUAUAACUUGUGGGAAUAUUUUUUUAUGUGAACCUAAUUUGAAGAGAUGGUUAAACAUUUUUGAAGCACUCACAUUGAGAGGAGUACAGGUAAUGUUUUUUAAAAAAUUGCACAAAAGAAACGAAUGUUGGAAUGAUUCAUUCAGUAUUUGAAAAGCGAUGGAUAUGUUGAAAAUCGUGUGUUGUUUGUAAAAAUUAAAUAAAAUACAAAAGUUGAGAAAGGGUGAAAGUUACAUUUUUUUUUGUAUAUAGAAAACUCUCACUAGAUGAUCCGAUUGGUUCUGGCAGGAAAGAAUGCCUAAUUAACAGGUUUCAAAGUCAGUUAUACUUAGGUUUGUAUUUUCAUUAUAUAAAUCACAUUAUUGGGGCAGGGGAGAAUGAUUCACCUUUAACAGCAUUUUAGUGCUGUUUGUCCCUCCUUAAUUUAGAUUGGAACUUGAUUGGGAUGUCAUUAUACCUUCUAAGGAUGAUUUUUUUUUUUUGGCACUUCCUGUACUUAAAAAAACAAAACAGCCCAAAGAAUUUCAGAGUGGACAAAAAGUGUUUGUUACAAGAGAUUCUCGAAGUGAAUAAAGAAGUGAGGGAGAUCAUAUUGCCUCCUGUAAUUCCCCUCUUCCCCAAACUCACAUACACUUGCACACCUCUCUUUUUAUGCCUGGAACUGUUAAAGACAAUGUUAGUUAUUCUAGCAGUUGUACAGAGAGUUUGUAUUAUUUUUCAUUUGGUUCUGGAAAUGUUUAUUACUGGCACACCAAAAAUGAAGGGAAUCUAGGAAAACUAGUACUUCUGAGGAAGAGGUCCAAAAUAUAUUUACGAUAGGAAGCCUUUAAAAUGAAGGGAUGCGGGAAGGCUGAUAGUUUUCUGAAUCCUUCUCUCCUUCUCCCAUGUAGUCUCUAGUAAUAAUUUGAGUCUAAUUCUGGUAUUUAAUAUAGAAGGGGUGUAAUUUCUGUAUUAAUAUGACCCUUUCAGGUGCAGUGGGAUGGUCUCUCACACAAUCAAAUGAAGUACAUUUGGUUAAUGAUUAGUGUUUCUAUAAUAGGGAUUACAAAAAUUAGUUUAUUCUCACUGUUAUUGAAAAGGACUUGAGUCUUCCAUGAAAAUUGAUCAGAGGCUUUAUUAAGGUUGCUUUUUUUUUUUUUUUUUCAUUUGCUUUCACUUGAUUAAAGCUCUGGUUCCCUUUUCUUCAGCCAGCCAAUAGGCAGCACUGGAUGUAUCUUCUGCAAUAGAUUUAACUUGCUGGUGCUGGAACUGCUUAUAAUAAAUAUGGAAGUCAGCUUCAUUGAGGCCAGCGAUGUGAUGUUAUAAAGGUCCAGACUUGCAACUUACAAAGGUCCUGCUUUGACAACAAUUUUGUAUGCAACAGCAGUUUAUGAACUGUUGACAGCUCUAAACAUCAGAUUAUAUAAAAUCAUUAAGGUAUUCUGUUGAGUUCUAAAUCUGUAUUCAGAACUAGCAGGGGCAGACAGAGAUGUACCAGCCAAAAAAAUGGGGCACCAGGAGAGUUCUCAGAAAAUUACAAGCAUGUGUGCUUCUCCUGCAAUUUAUCUCUUUGUAACUGAAGUUAUAAUUUAAUUUUAAAAUGGCUGCCAAUAAAUCUUUUCCAACCAAGAGACAAAGAAUGAGUACAGUAAAUGCAACUAUUUACUGCCCCCCAAAAUGAUGCAAAUGUAACAUACAUUGUUUGAGGCUCUGUGGUUGGUAGUAGAAGAUAAAUUUUGAAAUGAUUAAAUAUUUUUAAUUUUUAUCUUUUUAAUGAUUGUUUGAUUAAAUUUAAAUUGCAAAUUGUUUUGCAUUUAUUUAACCCCAGAGAAUAGGCCUCAAGUACUUGAAAUGCCUCAAAAUGUUGGGUGCCUGGACAACAUGUAUUUACUUCGCUGAUUGAUCAUUUUCCCCAUGUUUUUACUGUACCUCAGGAUUCUUGCCUCUCAAAAUUAUGAUUGUGUUUUUAAAAUAAGGCAUGACUUCAGAAAGUAUCUCUUGCAUUUAAAUAGUUAAGUUAAAUAGACAGCUUUCAUAUGCCUACUUUCAGUUUUGGUAGCAUUUCAUCAGUGGUUUGAGCACCCAGCAAAUUCUUGAUGAACAUUUCCCAAAUCAAUAAAUAGUUCAUGCUGUGCAUUUUUCUUUUAGUCAAAUGACUACAUUUUCAAUGUCCUGCCAGAUGUUGGCCUAGGGAAAGGGGUACCAUAGCUUUAAGCUGAGGUCAUAUUGGGCUGACAUGGCCAGUACAAAGGAGAAAUAGGGAGGGAAUGUUUUGCACCUUAAAGAAUGAGAAGAGAAAUUGCAUACCGACAUAGGUAAGAGCUUUUAUUGUGACAAGAACUUUUUCCAUAUGCGUGCAUACUCUCUGUAAUUCCAGUGUAAAAUAUUGUACUUGCACUAGCUUUUUUUAAAACAAAUAUUAAAAAAUGGAAGAAUUCAUAUUCUAUUUUCUAAUCGUGGUGUGUCUAUUUGUAGGAUACACUCGAGUCUGUUUAUUGAAUUUUAUGGUCCCUUUCUUUGAUGGUGCUUGCAGGUUUUCUAGGUAGAAAUUAUUUCAUUAUGAUAAUAAAACAAUGUUUGAUUCAAAAUUUGAACAAAAUUGUUUUAAAGAAAUUGUCUGUAUACCAGUACAAGUUUAUUGUUUCAGUAUACUCGUACUAAUAAAAUAACAGUGCCAAUUGCAAA